UUUGGUGUCCAGCGGUCGCGUUUCGCUCUCAACUUCAGUUUGAAUUCGGACGCGCUAAUUUUGUUGAAUUCCAAUUGCAAAUAAUUCAAGUGCAAUUUUUUGUGAAACAAAGUCGAGUCGAUAUAAUAAAGGUUAAUAAGUAAACCAGGAAUAUAAUAUAAAUAAGAUGGAGUCGCAGCUGCAGUGGAAAUGUUGGAUGUUUAUCUUCCUGAUGGGACUGCCGGACUUUGGAUCUGGCUAUCGAAUACUCUUCAUGGGACCCUUUCCUGCUCCAAGUCAUUGGCUCUGGCUGGAGCACUUCCAAAAGGAUCUUCUGAAACAAGGACACCAUGUGACCAGUGUGAAUAAUCAUCCCACAAAGCAGCCUCAUGAGAAUUUAACGGAGAUUAUUAUUAAUCCUUCCUUUGAUAUACCCAAGCAUUUUCCCAAGGAAAACAUCUUCACAAUGCAAUUUGUAAGCGACUUCAACAACUUGGAGCUUUGGUGGACCAUUGGUCUCAUGACCACGGAACAUGCUUUCAAGGAUCCCAAAGUUAAGAAACUGAUUGAGGACAAGAAUGAUCAUUAUGACUUGGUCAUUUUGGAGCAGUUCUUCCACGAGGCCUUCUUGAUGUUCGGCAAGAGGUUUAAUUGCCCGGUGGUUACAAUUGGCACCAUGGGUUAUGCAGAUAAUAUAGAUCAUGCAAUGGGUAUUCUAACUCCCUGGUCUCUGAUUCCCCAUCUACUGUUGUCCCAUACAGACCGGAUGACCUUCAGCCAGCGGGCUUAUAAUGCCUACUUAUCUUUAUAUGAUGCGGUUAUGAGGCGUUGGGUUUACUUGCCCAAGAUGCAGGCACUGGCUGAGAAGUAUUUCAAGGGGUCCAUUGAAGGUCCUCUGCCUAAUGUUCUGGAUCUUGAGCGUAAUAUCUCCUUAGUGCUAAUCAAUGCCCAUCGUAGUAUUGAUCUGCCAAGACCCAGUAUGCCAGGACUUAUAGAUGUGGGUGGAGCUCACAUUCAGAAACCUAAGAAGCUACCCGCUGAUCUGCAGGACUUUCUGGACAAAGCCACCCAUGGAGUGGUCUACUUCAGCAUGGGUUCCUAUGUGAAGAGCACCGAUUUGCCGGCCGAGAAGACAGCUUUGAUUCUCAAGGCCUUUGGCCAGCUGAAGCAGCAAGUGAUUUGGAAGUUCGAGAACGAUUCCAUUGGUGAUUUGCCCUCGAAUGUGAUGAUCAAGAAGUGGAUGCCCCAGAACGACAUCUUGGCCCAUCCGAACGUGAAGCUCUUCAUCACCCAUGGCGGUAUUUUUGGAACCCAGGAGGGCAUUUACUGGGGCGUGCCGAUGCUCUGUAUUCCGCUCUACGGAGAUCAACACAGGAACACAAUUAAAUCGGUGCGAGAGGGCUAUGCCCGAUCCCUGGUCUUCUCGAAACUCACCACCGACGAUCUGGUGCGGAAUAUCGAGACUCUGAUCAACGAUCCGCUGUACAAGCGCAGUGCUUUGGAGGUCUCACAGCGAUUCCGCGAUAAUCCCAUACAUCCGCUGGACGAGGCCACCUUCUGGAUCGAGUACAUAAUCCGGCAUCGGGGGGCACGACAUCUGAAGUCGCAGGGCGCCUUCAUCCCCCUGCAUCAGUAUCUCCUGCUGGAUGUCUUGGGAUGUCUGUUGCUGGGCGCCUUCCUCGCCAUCUGGCUUCCCUGGCGGAUGAUUCGAAGGGCCCACAAGUGGUGGCUCAAAGGGGAGGAGUCCUACAAACUAAACGAAGCCAAGAAGCGAUUGUGAAGACGGCCUUCCACAAACUAGGCGCAGAAAUAAUUAUUUGUGAUAUAUUUUUAGAUCACGGAGUGUACAGUUCACGAGGUUGAUUGUUCAAUAUUGCUAGGAAUUAAAAUGUAUAUAUUUAAAAAAUCAGAGCAAAUAAAUUAUGCUAAUAAAAAAUGUUAACUUUUAAUAAAACACA